AUGUACAGCAUCAUGAUGGAGACGGACUUACAUUCCCCCGUGAUGUCCCAGACCAACCCAUCCAACCCGGGGGGACACGGAGGAGGAGGAGGCGGGGGCCCCGGAGGCAAGGUCCCCCAGGAGCGCAUCAAGAGACCCAUGAACGCCUUCAUGGUGUGGUCCCGGGGCCAGCGCAGGAAAAUGGCACAGGAGAACCCCAAGAUGCACAACUCGGAGAUCAGCAAGAGGCUGGGGGCCGAGUGGAAGGUGAUGACGGAGGCGGAGAAGAGGCCGUUCAUCGACGAGGCGAAGCGGCUCCGGGCCAUGCACAUGAAGGAGCACCCGGACUACAAGUACCGGCCGCGCAGGAAGACCAAGACCCUGCUAAAGAAGGACAAGUACUCGCUGGCCGGGGGGCUGCUCGGCUCCCCCGCGGGGGUCGGGAUGGGCUGCGGGCAGCGGCUGGAGAGUCCCGGGGGACACCCAGGGGCCAACCCGGGCUACACGUCCCAUGUGAACGGAUGGGGGAACGGUGCGUACUCGGGCCAGGUGGCGGCUGCAGCUGCGGCGGCGCACGCGAUGAUGCAGGAGGCACAGCUGGCCUACACGCAACACCCGGGCUCUGGGGCUCACGUGCACCACCACCCGCACCACCCGCACAACCCGCAGCCCGUGCACAGGUACGACAUGAGCGCCCUGUCCUACAGCCCCAUCUCGAACUCUCAGAGCUACAUGAGCAGCUCUCCGCCGGGGUACGGAGGCAUCACCGGCUACACGCACCAGCACCAGAGCUCCGGCGGGUCCCCGGUGUCCAUCGGGGGGACACUGGGGUCCCUGGUGAAAUCUGAGCCCAGCGUGAGCCCCCCGGUGUCCUCAGGGCGCGCGCCGUGCGCCACGGGGGACCUGCGGGACAUGAUCAGCAUGUACCUGCCCCCCGGGGACCCGGCGGGGGACAGACUGCACGUGUUGCACCCGCAGCACUACCCGAGCCCCGCGCCGGUCAACGGGACGGUUCCUCUCACGCACAUUUAA